AUGUCCAUACUUCGUAAUGAGCUCUCAAGCUUUUCAUGGACUGAAAAAGCAGUGCUGAUACUAACUGCUUUUGCUGUGGACUAUGGAGAUUUUUGGGCCCUUGUAAAGUUACAGUCGUUCGACAGUCUUGUGGAAUUAGUGGGAGUCACAAAACGUGAACCUACGACUAUAAACUGCCCAGACCUUAUAAAAUGCGAGAAAGAGAUUGGUGAUAUUAGUUAUUUGAUCAAGGACACGUUGGAAGCAAUCAAAUGCAUUAUUGAGUUCGAAAGGCAAUCUAACUGGGCUGAUACCAGGGGAAUCAAAACUACAUUGUUAACCACUGUCACGGACAGUAUCCCAUUGCAUGUCUACUGGGUAAUCGUAACUGUUGUUGCUUGCACGACUCAGAUGUUUUGUCUCAGUAACGAUACGGUCAAGACAAUGGAUCUAUCGCCCUUGAUUGAGAAGAUGAGCACCAACCUCGACUUACUAAAGAAGAAUGUACACGAUUGCGGUCAACAAAUAGUGAAACCUAUGCGGCAAAGGAUUUUGGCGGUUAAAGCUACAGGACCAGGCGUGUAUGUGAGCGAGGAUUACACUUUCUUAUAUGGAUCCACCAACAACGGAUGGAAGGACCAAUUUCUUGGUUAUGUAACUAAUAUCAUUCGCGAUUUGGCCGUAAACCACCCAAAAAUAAGCAUCAGAAAACAGGAUGUAUUGAAGUUAAACAGUGGGAAGCUGAAAGUUCGUGCUAAAGAGUUGCAGGCUCGCUUCAAAAGUGAUCGGGGUUAUGUUGAGCUCUACAAAGAUUCUCGAAUCAUAGUAGGUGAUUACGGGACGACUAUUGUUAAGGUCUUGGAGAAAUUUGAUGACUGGAAAGGGUCCUUGAAUCAGUUCGGCUUUGGUGAUUGUUUCAAGGAUUACUAUGAUAAUUAA